AGUGUUAUUUAAAUCAUCGUUUUAUAAAUAUAUUAACAAUGAAACUAUUUCUUGCAAUAUUUCUUUUAACAGCUUGCGUAUGUGCCGUUAUUGCUGGUGAAGAUGAUUGUCCUCCAGAAAAUCCUCCUUGCGAUCCAUUAUUGUGUGCAAUACCUGGUUGUGCACCCAAUUCUGUUCUGAAAAAGAGGGAUCCUUGUGAUUGUUGCGAAAGUUGUUAUACGCCCAAAAAACAAGGUGAAAAUUGCGGAGAUCCACGAUUUGCUUGUAUUGAUGGACUUCGUUGUAAAAAUGACGUUUGUGUAUAAAAAUAUGUCUUAAAAAAAUCUUCAAAAUGCAGUGAAUAUAUUAUUCAAAUUAAGUUUUCAUUUCACAUUGUAAAAAUUAAUUAAAAUAAAUUUUUUUCCAACAUUGUUUAAAAUCAACAAAUAAAUAUUGAAAAUUU